AUGGUCAACUAUUCAACGUUUUUUGCAAAUCAGAAUCUAUACGUACGCUUUUUUUUAAAAAGUGGAUAUGAAGCUUUGCCGAAAUCUCCGAACACAAUUAAGAAGAUUGUUAUAGAAAAAAGUGACCAGUUAAAACAAGAACUGAGAAAAGAAUUGUCGGUUUUAAAAGCAAAAGGACAGAAAUUUUCCGUCUCUCUUGAUGAGUGGACAUCAGCUAGCACCCGGCGUUAUGCGAAUAUUAACAUUCACUGCCCUAAUUUCAAUGACAAUGACAAGCCUUUCAGAAACUUGGGAUUGGCAAGAAUUACAGGUAGAGGAACAUCGGAAAGAUGUAAUCAUAUUUCGCGGGUUAAAUUAGGGUCCUACGAUCUAUUUUUAGAAGAUGACGUAGUAGGUGUAGUGACAGACGGUGCUAGUGUUAUGACUGCCAUGGGUCGUCAAAUACCUUCAUUUCACACAUUAUGCCUCGCACAUGGAAUUCAGUGUGCAGUGGUGGAUGUCAUAUAUAAGAACUUAUAUAGUCAGCGUGUAGAAACUGUCGAAAAUUCAGAAGAAAUAGACACAGAGGAGACAUUAUCUACAAUAGUAGAUUCAGAGGCAGAAGAAUCAGAAGAUAAAGAAACAGAUGAAAAUGACGAUGGACAAGGUUUUGUAGUUAGUAAUGCAGAAACCAGAAGUGAAUCCAGACUUAAUGUCGAUUAUAAGGAUUUGAUUGUUAAAGUACGAAAGGUAGUGAAAUUUUUCAAGAAGUCUCCAACUAGAACAGAAGUUUUAAAUAAACAAGUCCUUGAAGAUAACAAAAGAGCGGGCCUGGUUUUAGAUUGCAAAACGCGGUGGAGCAGCAUGGCGGACAUGAUUUCAAAAUUUUUGCUUUUAAAGGAUGCAAUAUUAAAGGCACUGACUGACUUGAAAGAAAAAAACUAUGUUCAGUACCUACGAGCUUGA